GUUGAACACAGUAAGUUGUUGUUUCCAUCAUGUGGAACACUCAAUUUAUAAUUUUAUUUGCACUUCCAGUUAAAGUUUUUUCCCAGAAUUUAACAUGUAGUAAAGUUGAUGGUAUUUUAAAUGAAGUUAUAUGGCCUGGUACUAACACUUCAACUUUAUCACAACCGCUUUGUGUUGAUGAGAAUAAAGAACUCUUGCAUAGAAGAUGUGUGAAUGGUGAAUGGGAACCAGAACCUAAAUGUUUUUACGUACAAGUUGAGUCUUUUCCACGAUGUCCGGAAGGUUAUAUCGAAAAGGAUGACAUUUGCUACACAUUUUUGGAAACAACUUUUCCCCCAAAGUGUCCUUCUGCAAAUAUUUUAUUUUUCUACGAAUACAUACACCAAGUGCAAAAUGCAACUAAUGUGUGGAUGCCAAUCACUAGGGAUUUGAGCAGCGGUUUUGGCGUUAUGCAGUGGGUGGAACCGUCUUGGAAAUAUAAAAAAACAUAUUCUCAUUAUUCGAUGAUUGAAAUUGGCAGUGACAAAAAUUGUAUUAUAUUCAAUGGAACUUCCAACAUUGCUGUUUCUUGUAAUGAAAAACACCAAGCGAUUUGUGCUUAUGGACAACGGCAAUUAAUUGAGAGUGGGUGUAGUAUUAUAGGUCGUUGCGUCACAAUUGACUUUUUUGAUGCUUCUAAAUGUGUGUGUACGAGUAUAAAAGAUAAUUCUGAAGAAAAGUUUCUAAAGAAAGCUGAAAUUCUUUCUCCUGUGCAAAACUAUAUUUACCCAUCUCUAGUUGGUAAUGAUUCUUGCAACAUUGGACUUGAAAAAUUAAACAACACGUACUUGUGGAGUAAUUCAAAUCGAGAAAUUACUUACACUUGGUGGUCACAAAAAGCAGUUUUUUAUGACAAUCUUAAAUACGGAGCUAUUACUAAAGAUGGUUGGAUUUUAACAGAUCACUCAUUUGAUUGCUCGUUGUGUGAAGUGGAAAUAGAAGAAACGGAACCAAAUUUACUACUAAACUAUUCAAAUAUUUCUAACCAAUUUAUAUUGGAAAUUAUCAGUUCAGAAAGGUUCUUCGUAGUUUUUUGUUUUACUAAUGCUGAUAGUGAAACGUUAAACUAUCCAUACGAAAUCCAAUAUUUUGAUACAAUUUCACACUUUGAACCAUUUUUAGAAGUCCCUGGACACUACUGGUGUGAAAUGUUUAGCCUUGACUACACAACAGUUUUCAAAAGCAAUGUUUAUUUUUACGAACCACACAUGGAAUAUUAUGAAUUUACAUCAACAUGGAAGAUCUUUUACUCCGAGAUAAUCGACCCAGUCCUUGAAACAGUGAAAUAUAUAAAUGAAAUUUUGUCAAAAAUGUUUACAUCCAACACACUAUACACUCCAAGAAUUAUGAAAACUUAUAACUUGAAUACCACUGAGAACACUUUGUUGGUAAAAAUUCACAUCACAUCUAGAAAUGUGAACAAUACCGAGGAAUUUGAAGCGAACAACAUAGAAGCGGAAAUAAAAUCCACUUUGAGUUCUGAGAAGAAAGCAAACUUUGUCAAUCUUUUGAGUGCUAAGAGUUGUUUUAAACAAGUCGACAACAAUUUAACUUGGCCCAAAACUCCUAUAGACGAUGCAACAACCUCAGAAGAGUUUUGUUUCACCACAAACGCUACUCGAGUUUUACGAACGUGUUCCGGCGAUUUUAUUAGUGGGGCUCAGUGGACAUCUUAUGAGUACUGUGAACAACUUAAUUACUCUUCCGUGACAAACCAGUUGCUUUCCCUGUACGAAAAGGAUCAUCUGGAUGAGGAGUCUUACAAUACCAUCAAUGAAAUUUCAAAAAAUUAUCAGAAAUUAGGCGUCUUAGAUGUAUUUCUGAUAGGUGAGAUGUACUCCAACAGUGAUCUCUCUGAACAAGUAUUUGAAACAUUUCUCAAAACUUUGAACAAUCUUCUAAAUGUUGUUGAUGUCUUGAUUGAAUCCCAGAUGAAAACCAAAGCAACGAGACGUUUUCUUGAUUUAAUAAAUCGUAGAUCAACUGUAAGUAGUUUAAAUAUUACAACAAGAAAUCUAGCUUUGUAUUCUUUGAAAAGUUUAAAUACAACUACCGUUUCAGUAUUAGGUUCAGAAGUAAAAAUUGGUAUUCCAGAAAAAAUCAAUUUUGAUAGCACUAUUGAUCUACAAAACAUUCCUGAAGAUUCUAAUAUAUCAAUUGCACUAUUUUUUAAAGACCAGUUCUUCUGCGACUUUACCAAGUCUUAUAACAUUAUCACUCCUGUUUAUUCCAUGUUCGCAUCUUCUGAAUUCGAUAAACCAGUUCGAGUCUUCUAUCGAAUCAAUAAACCAAUUGUAAAUGAAACGUGUUUGCGUUGGAACUCUCACGGAAACAACAAUUUUGGAAAUUGGGAAGAAAGCAAAGCUGAAAAAAACAAUUAUCUCCUCAUGUGUGAGUUUCAGGGUAAUGGAGUUUAUGCAGCUAAUUACGAAUUCGGUCCAAUAAACGUGUCGAAUGAACCCUUAGAUAUUUUAGACUCUAACGACUCUAAUUACGAAUAUGGCCCAAAGAACGUGUCCAAUAAACCCUUAAAUAUUUUAGAGCCUAACAACUCUAAUUUCGAAUAUGGCCCAAAGAACGUGUCCAAUGAACCCUUAGAUAUUUUAGAAUCUAACGACUCUAAUUACGAAUAUGGCCCAAAGAACGUGUCUAAUAAACCCUUAGAUAUUUUAGUGUUUAACGACUCUAAUUACGAAUACGUUCCAAAGAACAUGUCCAAUGAACUUUUAAAUAUUUUAGAGUCUGACGAGACGCCUGCUGUGAAAAUCGAAUUGGUUGCAAACAUUUCCAAACACUAUGAACAGUUUAAACCCAUUGACGUCUUUCAUGCCAGCGAAAUCUUAGAAAACGCAGCGAAUGACGAUGAAAUAAAUUUGCAAAGUUUGGCCGAACUUGUAAGCAACACGAAUAAAAUCAAUCAAACAGUUUUGUUCGACAGCCAAACACGUUUUCAAGCCACUGAUAAAAUUCUUUUAAGUAUCGAUUCCAUUAUUCAAAACUACAAAGGCGAAAUUGAACUAAUUCAAACCGAAAAGUUUGCAAUGAUGAAGGUAAACUUGCAAGCAAGGGAUUUCCAAGGAGCAGUUUUAUAUCAAGAAAAAGGAAAAAUUAAAGUUGAUCUUUUACAAAGCAAAAAGAGUAUCGAUUAUAGGCAAAGUAAUUUUGACAGUGCUCUUUUCUUGAGUGAUGAACUGAGGCAACAAUUAGGACCGGAAGCUGAAAUUAUUCUUACAGUUUUUUCAAAUGACGCUCUCUUUAUUGAGAAAGAGUCAAAUCGAAGCACAAUAAACGCAAUUCUUGGAAUUAUUCUUCCUGAAAUUGGAGAAUACGAAGGACCUGUUUCCAUAAUUCAUAAAGUCGAAGAAAACAGUCCUGAAGACCGGUGUGUUUUCUGGAAAUUUGGAACCUCCACAACUUCUAGUUACUGGAAGAAAGACCCUGAAGGCAACUGUUUGUCUAAUUCGGUUCAAGACUUUCCGUCUAAUUUCAUCCAGUGUGAUUACUACCACACGACUCAUUUUGCUUUUCUUUUUGUUCCUAGUUCUGAUUUUGAUUACAAUCAUGCUUCACCAUUAAAAUUGAUAACAACUCUUACUAACACCCUGUCAGGUUUAUCUCUUUUAUGCAUUGUCCUCACGGCUAUAGUUUUUAAAAAAUGGAGAAAUGACACCGGUAAUAAACUUCUUCUAAAUUUUGUCUUCGUUUUAAUAUUUCAAACAAUCUUUUUUUACAUUUCUAGCUCAGUUAGUCACAGUCAAGACUUUCUCUGUACUAUAAUCGGCGCUUUUCUUCACUAUUUCACAAUUUGUGAAUUUUGUUGGAUGUUCUUUAUUGCAUCUUUACAAUAUCGACGUUUCGUGACGGUUUUGGAAGCUCCUCCAAGAUAUCCUUUUCUCAAAGGCUGUUUAUGUGGAUGGGGAUUACCCCUAAUUCCAGUUUCGCUGGUUUUAUUUUAUGAUAUAAAUUCCUACACUUUGGACUCCACCGGUCUUUGCUAUCCCUCAGGGUGGAGUCUUUAUCUAGCAGUCUGGAUACCAGUCUUCGUUAUCAUUAUCACGAAUUUUUGCAUUUUUUUGAUUAUUUUACAUAAGGUUUUUUAUAGAAAGGUAAAAAAGACUGGCAAAAGUAAUGUAACAAGACAUGAGUUGCGUUUGGCAAUUCUUCUGUUUUUUCUGUUUGGCUUAACGUGGAUUUUCGGCGUGUUACACCAACUUAAAAAAAAUAUAGUUUUACUUUAUUUGUUUACAAUUACGGGUACAUUGCACGGUUUUGUCAUAUUUUUAUUUUUUAUUGUGUUAAAUCCUAGAACCAGAAACUUGAAGUUGAAGUGUUUUCGUUAA